AUGGUAGUCGGUAGUAAUAUCCUACCGAAAAUACUAGUCCUAAGCCUUAAAAACGACAUCGGUGGAAGCCUCAUAGCCCAGAAUACCAUCUUUGGAUGGAUUUUAAGCGGACCUGUAGCACAACCGAUUACUUCACUCAGUACGCAAGUAAUCGAAACCAUGACCGACCCCUUAGGUGAUCUGCUGAAGAAAUUCUGGGAACAAGAAGAAGUGUCAGGAGCCCAGACACAGACGGAUGAAGACACCAUCUGCGAGGACCUCUAUCGAAAUACCACUUACCGGAGAAAUGACGGUCGAUAUGUGAUAAAACUCCCCUUCAAACCGGAAUCUCCCAACUCGAUGGCAUUAGGACACUCAAGACUCUCAGCUCAGCAGCAAUACAUCAGCAUCGAACGAAACCUGGAGAAAAAACCAGAUCUCCAAAAAAUCUAUGCAGAGGUCCUAGAAGAGUACCAAACACUCGAACAUAUAGAGCGAACGAAUGCCCAAGAAAUUAUACGGGACGGCAAAUACUUCUCAUUCUAUCUGCCACAUCACGCAGUAAUAAAACCCGAUAGCAAAACCACAAAAGUCCGAGUGGUAUUCAAUGCGUCUAAACUCUUUCACUCAGGUCUGUCCCUAAACGACGUACUGCAUACAGGCCCCAUACUGCAAAACGAUCUUAUGCUCGUAAUAAUCCGGUGGCGGUUAUAUAAGUAUGUUUUUAACGGCGAUAUUGAAAAAAUGUAUCGCCAGAUAUAUGUCCACAAGGAAGAUCAAGACUUCCAACGGAUUCUCUUUCGCGAAUCCCCAAGUGGCCCAGUAGAAGACUACAAACUAAAAACAGUAACGUUUGGUGUGAGCUGUGCAUCAUACCUAGCCAUAAGAACACUCCAUCAGCUGCCUGAAGACUCCAAACCAAAAUUCCCACAAGUCGCAAAAAUUUUAGUUAACGAAACUUAUGUUGACGAUAUACUAUCCGGCGGACACGAUCUGAACUCAACAAAAACAUCAGUAUCUCAAAUAAUCGAAGUGCUCAAAUCCGCCGGAUACCCGCUCAGAAAAAUCACAGCAAAUAACAGAUCACUGUUGAACGAAAUACCCGAAACCCAUCUCCUAGACUCAGAAAUUCUGCAAUUUCAUGAUACGAGCACUACAAAAACUCUCGGAAUUAGGUAG